GCUUCUUCAGCCCCCCCCGCGCCUCCCUUUACGGUUUCUCGCCUCUCUGCGCGGCCCCCCCCGCCUUUACGACAGACGGCAGCGCUUUGCGGCAGCGGAACGCGCAGCGCGGGCGGCGGGCCUUCGUCCCCCCAGCCCCGCCAUGGCGCCAUGCCUCUGGCCGUGAGGUGGCCGUUCCCCGCCGGGCCUCCGCUCUGCAGCCGCCUGGUGCUGGGCCUGGUGGGCACCUACAGCUGCCUCUGGACACGGUACCUGAACCGCCUGCGGGUGCACAACGCUGAAGUGCUGCACGAACUGGUGGAGCGGCGGGGGCCGCGCACCCCCCUCCUCACCGUCUCCAAUCAUCAGUCCUGCAUGGAUGACCCGCACCUGUGGGGCUCCCUGAAGCUGCGCCACAUUUGGAGCCUGCACAAAAUGCGAUGGACCCCCACCGCCGCAGACAUCUGCUUCACCCGAGAGCUGCACUCACGCUUCUUCAGCUUGGGGCGCUGCGUCCCCGUGUGCCGUGGGGACGGCGUCUACCAGCGUGGGAUGGACUUUGUCCUGGAGAAACUCAAUCAGGGAGACUGGGUGCACGUCUUCCCCGAGGGCAAAGUGAACAUGGGGCAGGAGUUUGUGCGCUUCAAGUGGGGCAUCGGGCGUCUCCUGGCUGAGUGCCGCCUGGACCCCAUUGUCCUGCCCCUGUGGCAUGGCGGCAUGAAUGAUGUGCUGCCCAAUGCCCCCCCCUACGUGCCCCGUGUGGGAAAGCGGAUCACAGUGGUUGUGGGGCGACCCUUCAGUGUCCGACCCCUCUUGGAGCGGCUGAAGGCUGAAGGCACCUCCACAGUGGAGAUGCGGAAAGCGCUGACAGAUUUUGUGCAAUGCGAAUUUGAGGCACUGCGGAGUCAAGCACGGACCUUACACCCGACCACGUAACUUGUGGGGCAGCACCACAGCUUGUGGGGCUGCCCCCCUCCCUCCCCAAACAGUGCACGGUGCCAAUAAAGGUGGUGGAGCUCUGCACCCCCUC